AAAUUGGCCAAAGGGGGAAACGGCGGCUUAUCGAUUGAACUGAUAAAGAGAAGCAUUUAAGAGGGCAGAUGUGUGAGGUCAAAACAAAACAAAACAAAAAAAGCAACACAUGACUAGCUACCACCAGAGAACAAUCGCGCGCAUCAACUACCAGUCCCCGCGCAUUGGACCGCUCAUUAACAGGAAUACCAAGACAUGCUGCUUGUCGUUUUUCUCGGUGUGUACUGGAUCGGCGUCGCAUUGGCCGACACCGGACCACACCUGGCCAAUGACUGGGGUGAAGCUGUCCGCCUGAGGCACCUGUACUCGGCGAGACCCGGUCUGCAUCUGCAGAUCAGCAAAGACGGGAAGAUCGGAGGAUCGCACGUGCAGAGUUCGUACAGUUUGGUGGAGAUUCGCACCAUUGACACGGGCUAUGUGGUUAUUAAAGGUGUCGCCAGUUCACUGUAUCUCUGCAUGGAAGCCAACGGCAAGCUAUAUGGCUCACACAUUUAUACAAAGGAGGACUGCUCUUUUCUUGAACAAAUUAUGCCAGAUGGCUACAACAUCUACUUCUCAGGGAAAUACGGGACACUUGUGAGCUUGGGUGGUGGGAAGAACCGCCGUCAAAACGCUCUUUCACAGUUCCUGCCCUUGCUCAAUACUCUGCCACAGGAGCCUACAGAGUACAACGCGAGAAAAGUGCAUUCUCCAAUUGACCCAGAACAGGAUCUACAAGCGGACAGCAUGGAAUCCUUUGGGAGGAUCUCCCAGAUUUUCAUUCAAAGCCCAAGUUUCAACAAAAGAUGAACAGAGUUCAAAGUCUCCAAAGUUGUGACUAGGUUCAACCUCUUAUGCAGAGGCAAGAGGCUGAACGGAACCAGCCGGGUCUGAAAGCAGAGCCCAGAUGAACAGACAGAGAUUACAAACUUGGGGAAGAGAAGGAUCAAGUUUCCGGAAGAUCAACCUUUACCCCAAGUUGCAUGGGCGGAUACACAAAAUACGCUUCAAAGUAUUUAGUAGUUCACAACUACUACACAUUGUAGAUCACUCCACUCUUGAGGCUCAGAGAAAAGUGUGAGCAGCUUAUUAGGUUUAUUUAUUUCUGAAGAUUAUUUUCUUCACUGUCAUGCCAAGUCUCUGUAUUGUAUAGUAAAUGCUGCUUUUUUGUGCACUUGUACCAUCUAAACUGUAAUCCUUACAGCUCAGAUUUUAUAUUUGUUAUAUUUAUAGUAACCUGUACUUUAUGAU